GGCACCCCGCGCCGCAGGUGAGUGACGCGGCGGCGGCGGCGGAGGGGUCCCAGCCCGGGAUCAGGUGGGCGGCGCGGGGCGGCCGCUCCGGAGUGCGCGGCGGAGCCUCCUCCGGGGCCUGCGGGAGGGGACCGCGCGUCCCGCGGCGCUGCCCGUUCCUCCCGGCCCGGCCGCGGAGCGGGCUCAGCCCUCAGCCCGCGCCGUGCGGAGCGGGCCCGCGGCUGUCACCCCGCGCCGCCUCCCCACCCCGGGCCGAGGCCUGCGGGGCGCCCGGGGCCCUGUGUGCGGGGGGCGGCGGGGAGGGCGCGUCCCGGCCGGGCCGGCUCCGGGGGGCGGGCGGCGGUCCCCGCUCCGCUCGGGCCGUGCCCGCCGCCGGGAGCCUGUUGCUGCGCGGAGCCGGGCGCCGGUGUGGGGACGGCGGGGCUCCUCCCGGGGGGGGAGGACGGCGGCUCUGUCCCGGCUCGGGGGCCCCGCCGCGGGCGCGGGGGCAGCGCGGUGCUCGGCGUGCCGCCCGCCGCAUCGCUCCUCCGCUCGCUGCUGCUCGGUGUGAUGGUGCGCAGCAGCACGUGAGGACAGGUCUCGGCGCUUCGGCGCCGUUUGGGUGGGUUCUGCCCCGGCGUCGUGCUUUACGGUGGUGGCUGUGGCUCGUGAUCCGAGCCCGAGCCUGUUGCUUCUGGUUGCGUUCCUUUCGGUCCUCCGAUUGGUUCUGGUGCACUUCUGAAAGUGAUUUGAGGUGGUAUGUAUUGACUUUGCCUUUCUUGCUAAGUUUCCACGGUUACAAUACGACGGCCCUCGAAGGGGAUCUCUAGGAGUAACCGUUGCGCUGUUGCCUUGGGAGAGUUGCGGCCUCUUUUGCCGUGUCUCCAUCAGUAAAAUGGGGAUAAUAAUACCUCCGAGAGUUGUUACAAGAAGUAGCUAAUGUUUGUAGAGGGCUUAAAAGACCUAAGUGUUGUUAAUUAAGCCCCAUGACACAUUAAGGUAAGAGUUAGUGAAUCAGGUUUACACAUGGAUGAACUGAGGCAGGAAGAGAUUAUGAUGUAGCUGGAGUAACGUAUUGGAUCUGUGACAAUAACAGAAAACAAGUCAUAACUGCUUCAUGCUGUAGGCACAAGCGAGCAGUUCCAUACGAGAGGUACUUCCAAAACCAUCUCCCCUCCCUCCGCCGCCCCCUGGCCGCCCCAAACCGAAGCUCUUCUGCCUUCCCUUUGCCUGUGGGACUUCCAGGUGAAUGGGUGGCUCCAAGGACACUUGUGGCUUGCCCGCUUAAAAGCGAUCCAACAGUUUUCAUAACAAGAUGUAUGUUCUAGGAUGCAAGCCAAAUCCAGACUUGAAUUCCAUAAAACAUUCUCCACUUUUCCCCUGAAAACAUUAUGUGGAACUUAGUUAAGACUUGAUCGUGUUCCAGUCAGCAGAGUAUGCACUGAAGCUGACAUUCCUGUUUCAUCUGAAAAGCUCCUUCGUUAAAGAAAAGCCCUGUUGCCAUUCUGUCCCCCAGAUUUCAUGUUAGUGAGAUCACUUUUUUUCUGAAGAUGCAGACAUCCUGCUUAUGUUGGAACUGUACGUGCGUUUUCAUAAUUGAAAGGUGAUUUUCCAACUUCAGACUUCCACUCCAAGCAUUGAUUCCCAGCACACCGACGUGGCGCUGCUGCAGGCUGAGCCGUGUUACGUGAUACAGAAUGUCCUGAACUCCAAAGGAGAGCUGCUCCAUCUUACCGAGCUUCUCUGGGAGAACAGUCGUCAGGACAGUCUGGUGUAGGAGAACGGUGAGCUGAUUGUCAGGAAGCCUGAAGUGUGUUUCCACCUCCAGCAGCACUGCAGGACGCAUGGCCAGCUUUACAUGUGGUACACAUGAAAAUGAGGCUGAGAACGCGGAAGGCUUCUCAGCAAUCAAAUCCCAUUCACGCGCAGCGUGCUCAGAGGGCAAAGAGGAAACACUCGGAGGUGGAGGAGAGCCUACCUGUCGGCGGGGGAAAGCCGCAGAAAAAUGAGACGGGCCUACUGUCUUCAAUCAAAAAGUUUAUUAAAGGCAGCACACCCAAGGAAGAAAGAGAAAAUCCUGCAAAAAGAAGUAGAAUUGAACGGGAUAUAGAUAACAACUUGAUCACAUCCACACCUCAAACAGGAGAAAAGCCUAAUAAACAGAUCUCUCGAGUAAGACGGAAAGGUCAAGUGAAUGGAGAAGCUGGAAGUUAUGAAAUGACAAACCAACACGUAAAGCAAAAUGGGAAAUUGGAAGAUAAUCCUGCCACAGGCAGUCCCCCGCGAACUACCUUACUGGGAACCAUAUUUUCUCCCGUCUUCAAUUUUUUUUCACCAGCAAAUAAAAAUGGAACAUCAGGAUCAGAUUCUCCAGGACAAGCUGUUGAGGCUGAAGAAAUAGUCAAACAGCUUGAUAUGGAGCAGGUAGAUGAGAUUACUACGAGUACUGCAACAUCAACCAAUGGAGCAGCUUACACUAGCCAAGCAGUGCAGGUCAGAUCUACUGUCAACAAUGGUUUAGAAGAAGUAGAAGAAACAAAUGAUCGUGACCUGCCACCACUUACAGCACCAGUAUCUCCAGACAGUGGCUACUCAUCAGCUCAUGCAGAAGCCACCUAUGAAGAAGACUGGGAAGUCUUCGAUCCAUACUAUUUCAUCAAACAUGUUCCACCACUAACAGAAGAACAACUUAACAGGAAGCCAGCUCUUCCACUGAAAACAAGAAGCACACCAGAAUUUUCAUUAGUUUUAGACUUGGAUGAAACAUUAGUGCACUGUAGUCUAAAUGAAUUAGAAGAUGCUGCACUCACUUUUCCAGUCCUUUUUCAAGAUGUCAUUUACCAGGUGUACGUCCGGUUAAGGCCGUUCUUCCGAGAAUUCCUGGAACGUAUGUCUCAGAUUUAUGAGAUCAUUCUUUUUACUGCUUCUAAGAAGGUGUAUGCAGACAAAUUACUGAAUAUCCUAGACCCCAAAAAGCAACUAGUCAGGCAUCGACUUUUCCGUGAGCAUUGUGUAUGUGUACAAGGAAAUUACAUAAAAGAUUUAAACAUUCUUGGUAGAGAUCUUUCAAAAACGAUCAUCAUUGACAAUUCACCGCAAGCCUUUGCCUAUCAGCUUUCAAAUGGAAUUCCUAUAGAAAGCUGGUUCAUGGAUAAAAAUGACAAUGAACUCCUAAAAUUGAUUCCAUUUCUGGAGAAACUUGUAGAGCUGAAUGAAGAUGUCCGACCUCACAUCAGAGACAGAUUUCGCUUGCAUGACUUGCUACCCCCAGAUUAAGCCUUCGGUCUGAUUACUGGAGGGGGAGAAAAUGCAGGACCCUUUUGGACUGAAACAAAACAUUGCCAUUACUGUUGAAAUUUUGCAUUUUUGUACCCCGUCUUGCUUUUCUUAUCUUUGGUGCCCAACAAUAAUCAAGGGUUACAGAAAGAGACUUUAUAUAUCUGAGAUUGAAUACAAACAGUACAAUACAGUACAACGCAGUAGGGAGGCUAGAACAGAAAAGUCUUUAGAACUAGUGCGACUCCGAUGGAAUUUUUUUAUGUACAGGACAUCUGCAGUUUAUAAAGAAUUCUGUUUCUGCCACCAGCAGUUUGACCUGUAGAAACACAGGAUUUUAUGAUAUAACAGAGAUUGAAAAAAGACUCUUCUUUUCUCUCUGUUCGGUGCUCUAAGUGGGUUUGUAGCCACUUUUCUGUUACUUUGGAGAUUCUCAUUUCAACAGGAAUGGCCAGUAAAAGUUGUUUUUAUUUUUCCUGUUAAGGUUUAUAACCUUUUUACACUUUUGACCUGUAUUAGAUUAGAAUUUCAUUAUGCAUUCCUUUUAGUUGAGGCGCUUCAUAGUUUUUCUGGGAAUAGCCAAAUUUUCUUAGUUUUUUAUUAUACAGUUGAAUGGCCGUUUUCCUGCUUCGUCUGCCUGCAUACUGUAUAUUUGUUUAAAAAUAUUCUCUAGUUUUAAUCCAUGUAAGUUUCAUUUAGAAAGAAAAACCCUGCAUUUAUAUUUUGUUUCUGUAAUAUUCUACUGUAGUUGAAAUCUUUUCAAAAAUCAAGAGACUGGCUAGAUAAGAAGAAUAUAAGAAUUACUAAUAUUCAGAAUAUUUUAAACCAUUGUGAUGGCAUGUACCCCGGACAGACAGACAGUAUCUUGCAGUGGCACAAACAGCCGAUGGACAAGGAAUACCUCAGACUAUGCUGUGCAUGCGAAUCCUUAAAGGAGAAUUAGUGUGGUCACCUGGUAGGUUUGAUGCAAUUCCAGUACUGCUGCCUUCAGGCUCCUCCGCGAGUGAAGUGUUCUGCACAGGGGCUCAGUGUUUAAGAUGUUUUGCAUGGGCUGGUGGUGCCUCUGCUACGCUGCUCUUCGUUACAAUCAGUUCUAAGCGGUGUAACAGCGAGGGUACCUGGCAGUAACUAUGCACAAUCCUGUGGUACAGCACGCUCCCAUGCCGCCAGCGCAGUCAGUCUGCUAUCAUAGUGGUUUUCUAUGCUAUAUGGAAAUAGUCUUUAAGCCUGGGUUCUCUAAUGCAGCUACUACAAGAGGUUGAUAUUUUUAUAAUGGUGUGUAAUCUCCUGUUCAGGAGGCUUUUUAUGGAAGGUAUAAUUUGUAAAAGUUAGGAUGCUUGCCUCUCGACUGCAUUAACAUGCCACAGGCUCAGACUGUUUUUGUGUAAAAGAUGUCACAGAACGGCACUUUUUCUAAAGAGAAGUUUGAUAUUUUGUAUGCUUGUUAAGAAAGUACAGUAUUGGAAAUUAAAGGUGGACAACUGAUAAUUGAGAAGUAUGUCAAUUAAUUUUUUAUGUAUAUUACCUGUUUACUUGUACAAUUUUAUUGUACAAAUUACAUGCAGCUUCAUUUUCAAAUGAGUCCUUAAAGUAAGGAAAAUCUUUUUAGGAAAACAUUUAAUUUUUGUAUUUUUGAUUUUAAAAGGCAUGAGUUAUGUCAACUUUUUCCAGUGUAUUAAUGAAGAUUUUAACUUUUCAUCAGGUUGAGUGUUUUCUUACUAUAUUACCUGUUGUGUAUGUAGCUAGCACAUUGUGUCACUGAACUGUUGAAAAAGAUUAGCAUGUAGAGCAAGCCUGUUUUGUGGAAAAUCCUUCUUCAUUAAAAAAAGCAUCAUGGCAGAUUUUCUGCAAAAAAGUGAAAACAUUUGCAAUUCAGAAUACUGAUUUUUUUUUUUUUUUUUUGUAUUUAAAGAAAGGUAUUUUGCUUGCAGGAAAGAAAUACUACAGAUUCAUUUUAAUGAGAAUCUUUUAAAUGUAUUUAUCUUUAGGGCAUCUGGGCAUCUUUACACUGUUUGUCUUAUGUCUUUAUUGAAAUAAAAUGUACAUAACAUGACCUUUA